UCCGCUUGCAGGCGCGCCCAUUUCAGAUUGCUGAACUCCGGAGUCAGGGGAAAAGAAGCGGGGAGGAGGUGGGAAGCCACACCCCGCCGCGCCCGCGAAUUUCCCCAGGAGCCCACGGUGGCCCAGGCAGACGCGGCCGAGAUGCGCGGCCGGGGGCUCCUGACCGCCGCCCACCUCGUGUGCGUGUGGACCGCCGUGCUGGCCGCGGGCUCGCGGCCUAGAUUUCUGGUGACAGCCCCAGGGAUUGUCAGGCCUGGAGGAAAUGUGACUAUUGGGGUGGAGCUUCUGGAACACAGCCCCCCCCAGGUCACCGUCAAGGCGGAGCUGGUCAAGAUGGCAGCCAACCUCUCUGUCUCUGUCCUGGAAGCAGAAGGAGUCUUUGAAAAAGGCUCUUUCAAGACACUUAUUCUUCCAUCACUACCUCUGAACAGUGCGGACGGGAUUUAUGAACUGCGUGUAACUGGACGUGCCCAGGAUGAGAUUUUAUUCUCUAACAGCACACGCUUAUCAUUUGAGACCAAGAGAAUGACUGUCUUUAUUCAAACAGACAAGUCCCUCUACAAGCCAAAGCAGGAAGUGAAGUUUCGAAUUGUUACCCUCUUUUCGGAUUUUAAACCUUAUAAAACUUCUUUAAACAUUCUAAUUAAGGACCCCAAAUCAAAUUUGAUUCAACAAUGGUUGUCAGAACAAAGUGAUCUUGGUGUCGUUUCCAAAACUUUUCAAUUAUCCUCCCAUCCAAUACUUGGUGACUGGUCCAUUCAAGUUCAAGUGAAUGACCAGACAUAUUAUCAAUCAUUUCAGGUUUCAGAAUAUGUAUUGCCAAAAUUUGAAGUUACUUUGCAGACACCAUUAUAUUGUUCUUUGAACUCUAGGAGCUUAAAUGGUACUGUAAUAGCAAAGUAUACAUAUGGGAAGCCAGUGAAAGGAGAUGUAACACUUACAUUUUUACCUUUAUCCUUUUGGGGCAUGAAGAGAAAUAUUACAAAAAAUUUUAAGAUAAAUGGAUCUGCAAACUUCUCUUUUAAUGAUGAAGAGAUGAAAAAAGUAAUGGAUUUUUCAGAAGGUCUUUCUGAACACAUGUAUCUGUCUUCCCCUGGGCCAGUAGAAAUUUUAGCCACAGUGACAGAAUCACUUACAGGUAUCUCAAGAAAUGCAAGUUCUAAUGUGUUUUUCAAGCAACAUGACUACAUCAUUGAAUUUUUUGAUUAUGCUACUGUCUUGAAGCCAUCUCUCAACUUCACAGCCACUGUGAAGGUAACCCGUGCUGAUGGCAAUCGACUGACUUUUGAAGAGAGAAGAAAUAAUGUAGUUAUAACAGUGACACAGAAAAAUUCUUCCGAGUACUGGAGCAGAUGGGACAGUAGAAAGCAGGAAAUAGAAUCUGUCCAGGUCAUAAAUUAUACUGUUCCCCAAAAUGGAAUCUUUAAGAUUGAAUUCCCAAUCCUGGAUGAUUCCAGUGAGCUACAGUUGAAGGCCUUUUUUCUUAAUAGUGUGAGUAGCAUGGCAGUUCAUGGUAUGUUUAAGUCUCCCAGUAAAACAUACAUCCAGCUAAAGACAAGAGAUGAAAAUAUAAAGGUGGGAUCACCUUUUGAGUUGGUGGUUAGUGGCAACAAGCGAUUGAAGGAGUUAAGCUAUAUGGUAGUAUCCAGGGGACAGUUGGUGGCUGUAGGCAAGCAAAAUUCAACAAUCUUCUCUUUAACACCAGAAAAUUCUUGGGCUCCAAAAGCCUGUAUUAUUGUGUAUUAUAUUGAAGAUGAUGGGGAAAUUAUAAAUGAUGUUCUUAAAAUUCCUGUUCAGCUUGUUUUUAAAAAUAAGAUAAAGCUGUUUUGGAGUAAAGCUCAUGCUGAACCAUCAGAGAAAGUCUCUCUUAGGAUCUCUGUGACACAGCCAGACUCGACAAUUGGGAUUGUAGCUGUUGACAAAAGCGUUAAUCUUAUGAAUGUCUCAAAUGAUAUUACAAUGGAAAAUGUGGUCCAUGAGUUGGAACUAUAUAACACAGGAUAUUAUUUAGGCAUGUUCAUGAAUUCUUUUGCAGUUUUUCAGGAAUGUGGCCUCUGGGUAUUGACAGAUGCAAACCUUUUGAAGGAUUACAUUGAUGGUGUUUAUGACAGUGUAGAAUUUGCUGAGAGGUUUGUAGAGGAAAAUGAAGGAUACUUGGUAGAUUUUCAUGACUUCUCUUCGGUUAGCAAUCCACAUGUCAGAAAGCAUUUUCCAGAGACUUGGAUUUGGCUGGACACCAAGAUGGGUUCUAGGAUAUACCAAGAAUUUGAAGUUACUGUGCCUGAUUCUAUCACUUCUUGGGUAGCUACUGCUUUCGUGAUCUCUGAGGACUUAGGUCUUGGAUUAACAAGUACUCCAGUGGAGCUACAAGCCUUCCAACCAUUUUUCAUUUUUUUGAAUCUUCCCUACUCUAUUAUCAGAGGUGAAGAGUUUGCUUUGGAAGUAACCAUAUUCAAUUAUUUGAAAGAUGCCACUGAGGUUGAAGUAAUCAUUGAGAAAAGCGACAAAUUUGAUAUUCUAAUGGCUUCAAAUGAAAUAAAUGCCACAGGACACCAGCAGACCAUUCUGGUUCCCAGUGAGGAUGGGGCAACUGUUCUUUUCCCAAUCAGGCCAACAUAUCUGGGGGAAAUACCUAUCACAGUCACAGCCAUUUCACCUACUGCUUCUGAUGCUGUCACCCAGAAGAUUUUAGUAAAGGCUGAAGGAAUAGAAAAAUCGUAUUCACAAUCCAUCUUGUUAGACUUAACUGACAACAAGUUACAAACUCCCCUGAAAACUUUGAGUUUCUCAUUUCCUCCCAACACAGUGAGUGGUAGUGAACGAGUUCAGAUCACUGCAAUUGGAGAUAUCCUUGGUUCUUCCAUCAAUGGCUUAGCCUCAUUGAUUCGGAUGCCUUAUGGCUGUGGUGAACAGAACAUGAUAAAUUUUGCUCCGAAUAUUUAUGUUUUGGAUUACCUAACUAAAAAGAGACAACUGACAGAAAACUUAAAAGAAAAAGCCCUUUCAUUUAUGAGGCAAGGUUACCAGAGAGAACUUCUCUAUCAGAGGGAAGAUGGCUCUUUCAGUGCUUUUGGGAAUGAUGAUCCCUCUGGGAGCACUUGGUUGUCAGCCUUUGUGUUAAGAUGUUUCCUUGAAGCUGAUCCUUACAUAGAUAUUGAUCAGAAUGUAUUACACAGAACAUAUACUUGGCUCAAAGGACGUCAGAAAUCCAACGGUGAAUUUUGGGAGCCAGGAAGAGUGAUCCAUAGUGAGCUUCAAGGUGGCAAUAAAAGUCCAGUAACGCUUACAGCUUAUAUUGUGACUUCUCUCCUGGGAUAUAAAAAGUAUCAGCCUAAUAUUGAUGUGCAAGAAUCUAUCAACUUUUUGGAGUCUGCAUUUAAUAGAGGAAUUUCAGACAAUUAUACUCUAGCUCUUAUAACAUAUGCACUGUCAUCCGUGGGGAGCCCUAAAGCCAAGGAAGCGUUGAAUAUGCUGACUUGGAGAGCAGAACAAGAAGGAGGCAUGCAAUUCUGGGUGUCAUCAGAGUCUAAACUUUCUGAAUCCUGGCAGCCACGUUCCCUGGAUAUUGAAGUUGCAGCCUAUGCACUGCUUUCACACUUCAUGCAGUAUCGGGUUUCUGAGGGAAUCCCUAUUAUGAGGUGGCUAAGCAGGCAAAGAAAUAGUUUGGGAGGUUUUGCAUCUACUCAGGACACUAUCAUAGCCUUGAAGGCCCUAUCUGAAUUUGUAGCCCUAAUGAACACAGAAAGGACAAACAUCCAAGUGACUGUGAUGGGGCCCAGUUCACCAAGUCCUGUAAAGUUUCGGAUUGACGCAAAGAACCGCUUUCUCCUCCAGACGGCAGAGCUUGCUGUGGCACAGCCAACUGCAGUUAAUAUUUCCGCAAGUGGUUUUGGAUUUGCUAUUUGUCAGUUUAAUGUUAUUUAUAAUGUGAAAGAUUCGGGUUCUCAGAGAAGACGGAGAUCCCUUCAAGACCAAGAAGCCUUUGAUUUAGAUGUUGUUGUAAAAGACAGUAAAGAUGAUAUCAAUCACUUGAAUUUGAAUGUAUGCACAAGAUUUUUGGGCCCAGCUAGAAGUGGCAUGGCUCUGAUGGAAGUGAACCUCCUCAGUGGUUUUACGGUGCCUUCAGACGCGAUUCCUCUGAGCGAGACAGUGAGGAAAGUGGAACAUGAUCAUGGAAAACUCAACCUAUAUUUAGAUUCUGUAAAUGAAACCCAGAUUUGUGUUGAUAUUCCUGCUGUGAGAAACUUUAAAGUUUCAAACACACAAGAUGCUUUGGUGUCCAUCGUGGAUUACUAUGAACCGAGGAGACAAGCGGUGAGGAGUUACAACUCAGAAGUGAAGCUGUCUCCUUGUGACCUCUGUGGGGAUGAUCAUGGAUGCAGUCCUUGUGAGAGAGGAGCAGCGGCCACUCCUUGUCAUUCUACAGUCAUUGUUGUGUUCUGUUUUAUGCUGCUGUUCUCUAUACAGCAGUGGCUGUGAUUCAUUUUAUAAGGACUCCAUGUAACAUUGACAUUUCUGGAAGUCAUACGUGAUUGAAUUGUCUUUAUUACCAAGUAUUGCUUCUAUUUUUGAAAAACAAUGUUUUUCUUCUUAUGGGGUUGUGGGGGAUGGUGCACAACAGGUCCUAGCGUGUAUAGCUGCAUAAAUGCUGUCUUUACCUGACUUGUGUAGAACAAAAAAAAAUCAGAGUCUUGCAGUUGUGCGUCUUUAUUUCCCCCCCCCUCUUAAAAAUCAUUUAAGGGUGUUUCAUGGAGGUCAUUUUUCCCAGAAUAAAGGUGUUAUUUUAGAUUACUCUUUUUAUUUCCUAGAAGAAAUGAGCCUAGAUUCUUAAGCAUUACUAUACACCAGUGUUGGCUUCAGCAUUAAACAUAUUAAAGUCUGGGAACUGGGAGAAAGCAACCAGAAGGAGGAGCUUGCUCUGUUCUGUUCCCACAUCUAUCCACCCCUAUUUGCCACCCUACCUUAUCCCCAGUGGUCUCAGUAUAUCCUUCUUAAUUGGAUAUCACUUCUUUUAUAGAAUGUAGGAGGUGAGGGUUGGGUUUUUUUUUUUUUUUUAAUUUUUAAGUGAAGUGGUGUUUUUUUUCACCCAAUCUUUAUCUCAUCCACCAAUCUUUACCCUUCCUGUUUUUCUUUUGGAGAGGAGAGGGGGAAUGUGUGAUUCAGAGCUUGAGGAGUUUACAGAAACCUGCCCUAGGGGGUCCUGGGUGCACUGCCCUCUCUCACUUCCUCAUCCCCACACUUUGGCUCUGUUUCAGGAAUAAGAGUCAGAAGGCAUGGCAGUAUGUGCCCUAGGUGAUUUAGACUAGAAGAUCCUAGACCAGAAGAUGCAGCUUUGUUAGGAAUGGGGGACAGUUAACCAGGGUCCGACAAGAUCCUGUGUAAGACACAGCCAGCUGGUCUCCUUGUUGUCUGUGAAAGAAGCUGGAUCUUGGGACCCCUAGGUGGCUCAGCAGUUGAGUACCUGCCUUCGGCCCAGGGCGUGAUCCUGGAGCCCUGGGAUCGAGUCCCACAUCAGGUUUCUUGCAUGGAGCCUGCUUCUCCCUCUGCCUGUGUCUCUGCCUCUCUCUCUCUCUCUGUGUCUCUCAUGAACAAAUAAAUAAAAUCUUAAAAAAAAAAAAAAAGAAGCUGGAUCUUGAUGGGGACCAGGAGAGGUGAACAUGACCACUGACCUGAAGUAUGGUAGGGUGUUGCUCAGCAUCCUGUAGAAGCUCUCUAGACUCAGGUGUCUGAGCAUCAGACAGCCAGCUGUCUGGUAACAUCUAAUGCUUAUCUGAAUCUUAAGAUUUCUGAACUUUGACCACCUGGAUAAUUGGUUACCUUGUAUUCUGAAGGGUAAUAUUAAUUUAUCUGGGUGAAAAUUUUAAAGAAAAAUUCCUUUUCUCCCAUCCCUUUCCUUUUCCUCCUUUCUCUCUAACGUUCCUUCCUUCUUCCUUUCUUUUCCAAGCACAUUGAAAUAUUUCAGAUAUAUCAAAAAUAAAUUAAAGAUCUCUUACUAUAUCUAAGAAAUGAUUUAAUUUUGCUCCUUAGUUCCAUGGCAUUUCUCUCCAGUGAACAUGGAGAAAAUAAUUGCCAUGAACUCCAACAGUAUUUCAACUGUUUAAAAAUGAAUCCAUCAAAAAUAAAGUAUGCAAAUAAUAUCUUUUAAAAUUAAUUUUUAAGACUUUUUUAUCUUAGUGAAUUUUAAGAAAUUAUAGUGGAGUGGAUGUUCAUAAAUUGCUUUUGGGUAUUUUGGAUACCAAAGUAGGAGUUACCAACAUUCAGUGUUUUAAAGCUUGAAACCUAUAGAAAGUAGAUCCUCAGAGAGUGCUCUAUGGAGAGGAAGAAGAUAAAUAUCAAAUAAAUAAUCUUCUUGUAUUUACUUUUAAGUGGGUAAAAGCUUGUUCUGUUACACAUUUGAAACAGUCUGAUCUAAAAAUAGCAUUUGUAUGUUUGGGCCUUCCGCUAUGGUGCUUUUGGCCUUUAUAUCCUAGGACUUCUUAAGCAUGAAACUAUCCUCUGAUUAAGGGGGAGAGUGUUGGCAAAGGAUAUUCUCCUCGCCUGCCUUGCCCAGGGAACCUUAUCCUGACCACUGGUAUCUUAUAUUCUUCAGUAAAUAAUUUAUGCUGAACUUCUUGUCUAGUAUAUUGGGAAACACUAGAAUGGAAAGGCCAGUGGAAGAUAGCAUGUAUCUUUUUUAGGCCAUAUAUCCUCAUUUAAAAACUAGAACUCUAAUACUUUUUUGUGAAGUACUUCAGGUUUCCAGAUUAAAAAAUCAUCUUGUAACUUCUCAUAAUGCGUCUCUUUUUAUUAUAAAUUUAUUAAAAGUGGAGGAGGAAGAAGGGGAGGAGGAGGUAGAGUAAGAAGUCAGUUAGCUGUACUACAUGGUGUGUAGUAUGGUGAUGCCUUGUCUUUGUCCUUCUUUAUAUCUUUCUUAGAGAACUGACUUUGUUACAUAGCAGUGGGGUGACAUUAAAAGUGAUUAAAAAGCCACAGGCAGAAGGGAAAAGGAGGACAUAUGGUAGUAAUAACUAAUAGUAUAGACUAUUUUAUUUUCUUCAUAUUAAAAAAACCUCAUUUUACCUUUAAGUUUGCUUAUGCUGAGAUUCUUCUGUUUAGAAUGCCACCCAUUUCAUUUCCUGAUAUGAACUAAUGUAAAAUCUCCCCUUCUCUUUUACCGAAUGGGAAACAUUAAGACACCAGCAUAUGUCAUUUCUGGUUUUGACUGGCCAGUGGUUCCAGAGACUGAAUAACUAGCAGCCAAACAAUUCAAAGAUAGAACAACACUUUUAUAUGGGGUUUCCCCAUCCUACUACCUUAACUUAGAAUUCUAAAGAAGAAACUAAGGCAACCAGCAAUUUGUUUGCUGUGUCUAUGAUUUCAGAAAAAACAUGGCCGGUUGAUGAAAUGCUUUUUUUUUUUUAUUGUAUGGUUCUAUUAUACUUUAUAUCUUUAAAGUACUGUAACAAUAGUAUCUUUGGUUUAGUAUUUUGGGUAAACUGUAAUCUGAGGAGUAUUGUGCUAAUAUAAAAUCCAGAUAUACGCCUAUUACCUAACAAUAUUACUUAAUAUAUGCAAUAGCAUAUCCUACAUGUGGGGAUUUUCAGAACUGUAGAUAGCAUAAUUAUCCCUGCUCCCAUUCUUUUGAGCCUGGAUAUAGUUAUUUUUUAAAAUUUAUAUUUAGCCCCGAUUUCUGUUAAUGUAAAAUAUAGUUAUAAAUAGUCUGAUACUAUAGUACCAAUUAUCUUUGAUAUAAUUCAAUUAUUUAAUUCAACAUUUCUGGCUAUCCUAUGACAUUUAAAGAAAAUUGGAGCUAUCAUUUUUCUUUGUUAUCUUCAGAAAAAGGUAUUUUAUUAACCAGCUGGCAUAUAAUCUAGAGUUUUUGUGACAUCCUUACUUUUUUCUCAUUUGCUUUAUUGAAGUUUAAUACUGAUUUCUGUGGAAAUAUGGUGUAAAUACCUACUCGAUAAGGUUUCUUAACAUAAAGACAGUACUUAUUUGAAUUUGCCAGAUGGCUACCAUGGGUCCAGAUGCUAUUAAAUAUUCCUAGGGGCAUAUUUUCUUGCACAGUUCAAGUCUGAGACAUUAUAGUAAGUGGACUUGCUCUUGGGUCAGCUUCAAAAACUAUUCUACUUUCGGUAGAGGCUUCUGUUAGAAGAGUAUAUUCCUCAUUUUUUGUUUUGUUUUGUUUUGUUUUCAGACUCCAAUAAAGCACAGCACUUUUAAGAACUUAAAGAGUUGGGAUCCCUGGGUGGCGCAGCGGUUUGGCGCCUGCCUUUGGCCCAGGGCACGAUCCUGGAGACCCGGGAUCGAAUCCCACGUCGGGCUCCCGGUGUAUGGAGCCUGCUUCUCCCUCUGCCUAUGUCUCUGCCUCUCUCUCUCUCACUGUGUGCCUAUCAUAAAUAAAUAAAACAAAAAAAAUUAAAAAAAAAAAGAACUUAAAGAGUUAAUAUUAUCUAUUCAAAUAUUUAUGUUAAUAGUCAAUAUCUUAUGUUACAUUGGGAGUAAUUUGAGGUGCAAUUAUUUUUAUCACUACUUUGAAUAGAGUACUGUUUUCCUACUUUCUUCCAGAAACUAACCAGUAAAUAUAAAUUUUUAAUUAAGGAUACAUUAGUGAGAGUAGGCUUGUUUCAAAACUAUUUCUAGCCAGUGUGUUUUUGUAUGCCUCGUCAAAAGACAGUGCCAUUUGCAUCAUUCCAUAAACUAUCAUUUUCAUUUCAGUUAUUGUAACCCGGGAAAAUAGAUAUUUUGUAGAUGAUUUCUGUGCUUUUCACUUCAAAGGACACGUUCACAUUGAUAUGUGCAUAUCUCUGUAAUAGGGAUGAAUGAUUCUGAUACAUUUAUUGCUUCAUAUUUAAGAAUAAUUUUAUCUCAUGUUGUCAUGAGGCUAUGAUUUACCACUCUUCUGUCCAGUGCAUUGAAUUAGUGGUAGAGGGUAGUGCCAUGUUCCAUUUGUAGAUCUUUAAGAUUUAUUUUUGAUAGCUUCAGUAGAAUGUGGCUCUUUUUUGGUCCUUCCAGGCUUUCUGUUUUAGAGUUUUAGUAGGGUGCAGCUGAUGUAGUAGAGUCAAUUUGUUUUCUACACAGGAAGCUUUGUACAAUUUUAUUCAUUUCCCCUACCUUAAGCAUCUCUUUUGCAUAUGAGAAGAAUACUGUUGAAAUAAAACAUUAUUUUCCCCCAAAUUAAAGCAUUGUAUGCUAGUCAAAGUGAUUCUGAAAGUUUAAAUUUUUAAAUGUUAGGAUGUUUAUGUUAUUGUUAAUUGUAUUCUGUUAUGUAUUCAGUAGGAAAUCAUGGCUUAUCAAUAAAAAUUAAAAUUCCCAUCUA